AUGGUGGAGAGGUUCGAGAAAGUCUUGUCGAUUCGCCGCGUGGGCCGCAUCUCAGAGGAAGAUUGGGAGAAGUAUGGUGCCAACAUUGUAAUCCUAUGGACUCUGGCACUCAAGUCGACCGGUGACCGCGAAGUAGCGGCAAUGAAUGCUCGGAGGACGCAAUCCGAAACCAUCAACAUCCUCCAGGCGAAGAUGGGUGCAGAGCAGGCGGCAAAGCGGGCUAAGGCCCAAGGCAAAUCGGGCAAUGUUCUUGCCCAAGUGCCUUGGGCCGACGGCCUGCUCGUCGCCUUGCUUAAGCCCAUCGAUGCCUUGGCCAGGGACCUCAAGAGGCUGACCAAUGAGGGGGCAAAGACGCAGCAGAGGAAGCCUUGGAUGGAGGCUAGUGACUUCAUCGAGCUGUUGAAGAGUGCUUUGUUCCAGCAGGACAUGGACUCUAUGGUCGAUGAGACCAAAAACAUGAGCAUCGGUUGGGAAAGGGAGGGUGCCGGGGCAGAUGUGGUGAUGGAGGAGUGA